UGAAGCUAGAAUUCAGUUGUCAGUACAAUAAAAUUCGAGUCCCAUUGAAAACAACGGUAAGGGAAAAUAUCAAAAUAUAUACAUUAAAAAGGUAGCUAAAACUAAAAGGAAUACGCCUUUCUCAUUUUCAUUUUUCCCUUUCCAAAACAGAAACAACUAUUCAAUUCAAAAAAUCAUCAAUUCUGGAAUUCUUCAAAAGCUAUUCCGUUAAACCUCCAAUAAGAUUCUGUAUUUCUGUUCGUGUAUUCAUUCAUUCGAGAGCUAUUGAUCGUUUCGUGAAUGGAAGCCAUCAGAAAACAAGCCUCGAGACUCCGCGAACAGGUCGCCAGGCAACAGCAGGCUGUUCUGAAGCAGUUUGGUGCAUAUGGUGCUUCAGAUAUUGUGGCUGAUGAUGCUGAGUCCCAGCAGCACCAGAAACUUGAAAAACUAUACAUAUCGACUCGUGCUGCCAAGCAUUUCCAAAGGGACAUUGUUCGUGGUGUUGAAGGUUAUAUAGUUACAGGGUCUAAACAAGUCGAGAUAGGAACUAAAUUGUCAGAAGAUAGCAGGAAAUAUGGAGUUGAAAAUACAUGUACCAGUGGUAGUACAUUGUCAAAAGCUGCAUCAAAUUUCUCACGAGCUCGUGCUCAAAUAGAGAAAGAACGUGGAAAUCUGCUAAAAGCCUUUGGCACACAGGUGGCUGAACCAUUGAGAGCUAUGGUAAUGGGAGCUCCAUUGGAAGAUGCUCGACAUCUUGCCCAAAGAUAUGAUAGGAUGCGGCAGGAGGCUGAAGCUCAGGCUGUUGAAGUUGCCCGAAGACAAGCCAAAGUAAGAGAAGGAACUGCACAUCCGGACGUGGCUUUUAAGCUUGAAGCAGCUGAAGCUAAACUGCACGAUCUGAAGUCAAAUGUCGCCACACUUGGGAAAGAAGCUGCUGCUGCUAUGGCUGCUGUUGAGGCUCAACAACAGAGGUUGACCCUUCAACGGCUAAUUGCCAUGGUUGAGGCUGAACGAGCUUACCAUCAGCAUGUCCUUCAAAUACUAGAUCAGCUUGAAGGCGAGAUGAUUUCCGAGCGCCAACGAAUUGAAGCAGCUCCUGCUCCAAGCGUGAGCGUGGAUACUAUGCCUGCUGCUCCACCUCCACCAUCAUAUGAAGAACUAAAUGGCGUGUCAACUUCACCAAUGCAAAACGGGUUGACUGAUAGUAUGGGUUACUUCCUUGGGGAGGUUUUGUACACAUAUCAAGCUGAAUCCGAUGUCGAGCUUAAUUUAUCAGUUGGUGACUAUGUGGUUUCAAACAAUGGGUGGGCUGAGGGCGAGUGCAAAGGGAAAGCUGGUUGGUUUCCAUUUGGAUACAUAGAGAGGCGCGACCGUGUUCUUGCAAGCAAGGUAGCUGAAGUUUUUUGAUCUACUGUCAGUGGGUGUGAUUUUUAAAUGCUCUUAUGUAUGUGUUUCGUGGAUAUAUAAACGUAUAUUUAGAGUUUUUAAUUUUCUUGUGUUAUAUAUU